GCAUCGGUCAUUUAAAAAGCCGCCGUUCGCCAUGGCAACCAUGAACUUCCAUGCAGAACUGCUGAACGGCCGUCGGAUCGCUAUCUCCAUCCCUUUGGACAUGACCAUCAGAGAGUUGAAGGAAGAACUGAAGGAUUCCCAGGGCACGGCGGACGAACACAUUCGAAAAUUCUGCGCUGUGGAUAUUCUCAUUGAGGGAAGCGCUGAACGAUCGGCAAUAGUGUCAGAGAUUCUCCCCCUUCAGAGCGAAUGUGCAGGGAGAACCAGGUCGUGUUCAGAAUACCACCUCCCAUUCUGUGUUCCAUGAAGGAGCUCGCGGGUUGCAAUGUGGAGGACUUGCGUUACGUAGGGGUUCCCUACCCCGAAAGAGAGAUUCCGCCCUGUGGCUUUACAGGUUGCCAUGCCCUGUUGCUUGUUGAUAUUGCGGACUCGGUGACUCGACUUGGGCCCUCAGCCUUUGAGGACUGCAGAUCUUUGACAAAACUUGCCAUCCCCCCCUCAGUAACAGGGAGACCGCAUUCGUGGGUUGCAGCUCUUUGUCCAGUUUGGACAUA